GCGACACACACACUCAGUAGUGCUAUGACUGGAGGUGGAUUUCGGACACAUAUUUGGACAGCAGCUCUGUUACACCUAAGUUAGAAGUGUCUCAGCCUGAAUAUUCUACUGUAUAGCGCAGCGUAAAGAUGUAUAAAGGCAACUAUAAAGGCGGCUAUUCAGAUUCCAAACUGGUAUGGUCAGCCAAGAAAAUGCACAAACCAGAGGAAAAAGGUUGUGGUUACUACAUGAAGAUAAUCUUCUUCUUUUCCUCACUGAUCCAGUCGCUCAUCAUUGUCAGCCUGGUGCUUUUUCUGGUUUAUGGACAGCCCGAGCAGACGGCAGAGGAGAAGAGGGUGCUGGAAUUGGAGCAAAGUUUUAAUAAGCUGAGGAUGGAGAAAGCAGCUCUUCAAGAGAAAGAGAAGAACCUCACCAAGGAACUGAAUAUCACCAUGACUGCAAAGAAGGCUGUUGAAAAAGAUAUGAACACGUUGCGAGAACUGGCGAAAAAUUCAAGCAUGAGUAUAACUUACUUGCAAACGAGAUGGCGAUUCUGUGAGACAGAAAAAAGGUCAGUUUUGCCUCCAGUUUGUCCUCAGAACCCAUAUACAGACACCCGAGGCUGUAUGUAUGCGCUUCAGAAAUCGGAUGAAAUGCUAAAACUUGUCAACGCAAACUUCACCGAACAAAUGGCUACGAUGAGAAUGAACUUGGAAAACGCCAACAAGGACAAACUGCAGUAUCACCUGCAAGCGAUCGAGCUGCGGCGAAGCAAGGCCUUCCUCGAAGAAAGGAUUCAAAAGUAUGAGAAAUCGUGUAAGGAGGAUUUCGUUAAGUCCUUACAGGGAAUCCCUAAUGUCACCAGGGAGUUUCUUAAAAAAGUCGACGAUCUCUUCACGAAGCACGAAUCCUUCCAGCUAACGUGUGAGAAACAAAGCACGAAACUCGAAGACAUUCGAGCCAACUGCAGCAGCUUGUCGAAAGAGGUGGAGAACAAGCUUCAGCUCUAUCUGGACAAAGUAGGGAGUCAGGUCUCGUCCAUUCUAGGAGCGAAUGCCAAAUAUGAAACUGAAAACAAGCGGCUGACGGUGGAUGCAGCUUGGUGCAAGGGGAACCUCAGUGCCACUGUGGAGCAGAACCAACAGGCUCUCAAGCAAGGCCAGCUUAAGUAUGACCAAGAAACGGAGAAGCUCCUGCUGCAGGUCCGACAGUUGACUGAAAGCGGCAAACUUAAAGAAAAGCUAUUGUCCGUGAAAGAAAUUGAUAUUAAAAUCCUCACUGAAAAUAUUAAGGCAGUUAAUGCAUCAUUGAUUCUUUGUAAGGCAACACAAAAACCUUUAGGACCACUUCCACCUGUAAGGUCUUUCCCGUGGUCAGGUUCUCUCGGGCCACAAAUCCCUGGAUUAAGCAGCACUGGGCACGGAACGACAGGACUGGGCAACGGCGCAUCAAACGGUAUAAAUGUACUGGGUCGAACAGGCAGUAGUUUAUCAACAGGGUUAAAUUCUGCAGGGUCAAGUAGUACGUCUUUGGUCAAACCACUUGGAACAGGAUCCAUUGUGACCGACCAACAGGUGUCAGCACAAAUCACUCAGCACUUGCGAGAGCUUCAGCGGUUUACCAAAUAAAGGGAGCAGACCACAGUGUGAAGAUCAACCUUGUAUAUAGAAUAUAUGUAUUAUAAUAGUUUUUGUUUUGCUAUGGACGUCUCCAAUCUGAUCGGUCAGAAAGUGAUGGUUACUUUUCUAUAACAGGAUAAUUCCAUUAUAUUGUUCACUAAAUAACUGAAAAACCAUAUUCUCUUCUAUAAAAGGAAUUAAACACUUUUGGAAAGUGCUGUUCGCGCGACGAGGGACAUGAUUGACUUCACUGUAGUAAAGACGUCCCAGGGAUUUUGUACAACAGCACAGCCUGUCGUGUUUUAUUCCUAAUCUACAGUACAGUUGCACUAUUAUUCUUAUGAUGUUAAUAAACUGUAUUUUGCUUGCAUGACAGGACGCAUGGAAUUGUUUAUCAUGAGCUUAUAAAAAUCUAAUAAAGACUAUCAGACCA